GUUUCAGUUUCAUUUAGAACGUGGAAUCGCUUGGUUCAUAAAUAUCGGGAGAAAAAUUACUGAAAAAAACGUUAAAUUUUAAAAAUUGUUUAAGAAGAAAAAUUUGAAAAUUUCGUUAUAUUUAAGUUGGUGGCAAAAGCAAAGCGAUCAUUUAGCAAUUGUUUAUUGUUGGAUGCGGUUUCAAGCAACAAAGUGACAAAUGUGAAAGUUUAUAUGUGCCAGUGUUUUAAAUUAAUACUGAGACUACAUUUAUUAUAAUUUUUAUUAAAGUAAAGCUACUUAAAAAUUUAAAAAAAAGUAAAGCAAAACAAACAAAAAACAUUUUGUUAGUAAAAUAGUUGCAUAAAAAUCACGCUACUACGACUAUUUUUUCAAACUAAAUGAAAGUUGGCUAAACUGCAAAUUAAAGCUGGAGUUGCAGCAGAACAACACCAACAAUAAAAAAACUACAAUAACUCAUUUAACAAUAUAAAAUACGUAAUAGAAGUGAUUUCUUUUGUAGAAUUAAAUUAUGUGUAUUGUAUGAAAAAAAAGUAAAGAAAAAGUAAUAUUCUCACAAGAAGAAAAUCUAUUGACUGUUCGAGUAAGAAAAGUUAAUUUUGGUGUAGCAGCAUCAACAGACACACAUAAAGUAUAUAUACUUGUGUUGUAUACAUCGGCUGAAAAUUUUGUUUAUUUCACUUUGGGAAAUUUAACCAUAAUAUUGGCGAACUAAAAAAAUAAACAUCAAUGUCAGCUGCCACCUGCUCCCGCCUACAUUCAAAAAUGGCACCGACAACUAGCUCCAAAGUUAAUGCAUCUAACGAUGUCUCGCUAACACUUAAAUUGGGUAGUACACACAAUCGUCCCUGUGGCUUAUCCAGUGGCUAUACAAGUCGUAAUGGAACUAACAGCAGUAGUGUGGGUUCCAGUGAAUCCUCAGAUCCUGUAGAAUCAGAUUACAGCGAGGAGACUGACGAAGAGCAGCAUACAAAACACACAAAAAUUCAUACUGAAAACACCUACGAAGAUAUAGACGAGGACGACGAUGAUGAUGAAGAGGACGAUGAUGAUGAGGAGGAAGAAGAAGAUGAUGAUACGGAUGAUGAUGGCAAUGAAACAGAUGAUGAAGAAGAUGAUACAUCAGAGGAUAAUAGUAGUGUAGAAACAGCCAAAGGUGUUAGAAAAUAUAGUUUAGACGAUUAUCAAAUUAUUAAAACAGUUGGAACUGGAACAUUUGGACGAGUAUGUCUGUGUCGUGAUCGUGUGUCAGAGAAAUAUUGUGCCAUGAAACUUUUAGCGAUGGCUGAUGUAAUUCGUUUAAAACAAGUCGAACAUGUGAAGAAUGAACGCAACAUAUUGCGUGAAAUUAGACAUCCCUUUGUUAUUAGUUUAGAAUGGUCAACAAAAGAUGACUGUUGUUUAUAUAUGAUCUUUGAAUAUGUCUGUGGUGGUGAAUUAUUCACAUAUUUAAGAAAUGCUGGUAGAUUUAGUAGGUCAUCAGCAAAUUUUUAUGCGGCUGAAAUUGUUUUGGCUUUAGAAUAUUUACAUUCUCUACAGAUCGUUUAUAGAGAUUUGAAACCCGAAAAUUUAUUAAUCAAUCGUGAUGGCCAUUUAAAAAUUACAGAUUUUGGUUUUGCCAAAAAAUUAAGAGAUCGUACCUGGACUCUGUGUGGAACUCCCGAAUAUUUAGCACCUGAAAUUAUACAAUCCAAAGGUCACAACAGAGCAGUGGACUGGUGGGCUUUAGGUAUUCUUAUUUAUGAAAUGCUGGUGGGAUAUCCUCCAUUUUAUGAUGAAAAUCCAUUUGGAAUUUAUGAAAAGAUUCUGGGUGGUAAAAUCGAAUGGCCCCGUCAUAUGGAUCCUAUUGCGAAAGACUUAGUUAAGAAAUUGUUAACGAAUGAUCGUACAAAACGUUUGGGUAAUAUGAAGAAUGGGGCUGAUGACGUUAAAAGGCAUCGGUGGUUUAAAGAUUUAAAUUGGAAUGACGUCUAUAACAAAAAGCUUAAGCCACCCAUUAUUCCCGAAGUACAGUAUGAUGGCGAUACCAGCAAUUUUGAUGAUUAUCCCGAAAGUGAUUGGAAACCCGCCAGGGCAGUAGACCAAAGUGAUUUACAAUUAUUUAAAGAUUUCUAAUUAGUCUAAAUAUUAAUUUGCAUUAAUUUAUUUAUUUAUUAAUUUUAAUAUAUAAGUCUGUAUUUAUGAUAAA